ACAGCCUCGGAGAUAAUGCUAUGGCAUCAUCGCCACAAAGAUGCCGAAUGAGGGGAAGCAUGGGUGGAUGAAGGGCGCGUUAUCGUUUUUUAUUUCUAACCACACGGAUAUAUAUAAAAGUUUUUGCUGUGUCCUACUAUCCGGCUGCAUAUCCAAAGUACCUGCAAUCGCACGCAUCACUCCAACAAGCAAUUACCGACCUCAACACAGCAAGACUAGAUUGUGCUAUCAAACAUAUCCCAUAUCGAAGAAACACCUGGUACAUAAUAUUACGACCACAAAAUGACCACCGCUGCCUCUCGCCCGACGCCUGCGCAUCAACUCUCCAAUCCCGCACCCACUUCAAGCGAUGCAGCAUCGCGGGACGUGAACUUCCAAGGCCUACCUAUUCCACGAGGCCCUGUCAAAGCACAGCUUUCUUUCUACAAAGCUCCCGAAGAUUGUGCGCCGCCAUACAACUACGUUGAGCCUCCUCCAGGCGUCCCACAGCGGAAUUGGGGAGACAAUUGGGCCGAAGUUACCAUAGAAGACCUGCGAGGCAAGGAACAAAACUUCACCCUCGACAACAACGCCUUCGACACAUUCCAGAACAUCCAGAGCGGCCUUACCAGAGAGGAUUUCGAGGACGACGAGGCGAUAAAAAGGGUCUACUACCACGAGGUAGAAGACCUCUUGCUGAACAACGUGCAAGGCGCACAACGGGUUCUGAUCUUCGAUCACACAAUCCGCCGACCAAGCGGCAACCGCAACCCCGUCCAGCGCGUCCACAUCGACCAAACACCUCUCUCUGCCGCCGAACGCGUCAAGCUCCAUGCACCAGAAGACGCCGAGAAGUUGCUUCAGGGUCGCUACCGCAUAAUCAACGUGUGGCGCCCGCUCAAUGGCCCAGUAAUGGGUAGUCCGCUUGCAGUCGCCGACAGCCAGACUGUAAGAGACGGCGAUCUCAUACCGAUUGAGCACCGAUACCCUCAUCGCAAUGGUCAAACGGCGGCUGUGGCGUAUAACCCGGAUCAGAAGUGGUAUUAUUGGUCCGGAAUGAAGAACGAAGAUAGGCUGUUGCUCAAGUGCUUUGAUAGCGAUGAGGUUGUUGGUCAAUGGGGUCGCGUGCCGCAUACUGCUUUUGUGGAUCCCAGGACGCCGGAGGGUGCUAUGGGUAGGGAGAGUAUUGAGAUUAGGGCGCUGAUUUUUGGAUGAGCUUUUGUUAAUGUUGCAAGAUAUAUCUGUUCUGGAAUGCUGUCUUAUUUUUCUCUUUUGUUCAGGCUGUUGCUUCCAAUACAUUUAGCCUUGGCGUAUUGCAUUGAAUGUUUACACUAUGUUAUUCUUUGAAAUGGUUGGCAACUAAACAAGUGAAAAUUGAUCAUUUUACUCUGCUAUUUCUACUAUCUUAUCUUGGAGUCUUCAUUAAUUUUCCACAGAUU